ACUUUCUUCAACGGAACUACCAAAAACGUAGACCAGCUGGCCACUGCUCUGAUAUCGAACACCAUCAUCACGCCGUUAAAAACUUCCUUCUCAACACAGCUGCUGCCAAAUUCUUAGACACUACUCUUCUAUUUUUUUCUCUUCAUAGAAUCCUAGAUCUUGUUAGUGUACGGUGUUGCUUUGAUUGUUUGGUUUUCCGAGGAAUUUAAGUGAUACUUUAUUGCAUUUUCUCGAGAAAGUUUGGGACUCAUGUCGGAUGCUUUGAUCAAUGGACUGGCUGGAGCCGGCGGUGGGAUCAUCGCUCAGCUUAUCACUUAUCCUCUUCAAACUGUAAAUACUCGUCAACAAACGGAGCGUGAUCUGAAGAAGGAGAAGAGGAAACUCGGAACGAUUGAACAAAUGUGCCAGGUUGUAAAUCAAGAGGGAUGGGGACGGUUGUAUGGAGGUUUAACACCGUCUCUAGUGGGUACAGCUGCAUCUCAGGGUGUUUACUAUUAUUUCUAUCAAAUAUUCAGGAAUAGAGCUGAAGCUACAGCACUUGAACAUAAGAAGAAGGGGAUAGGUGAUGGAACAGUUGGGAUGUUCUCUUCGCUUGUGGUAGCUGCUUUAGCUGGGUGUGUGAAUGUGCUGUUGACAAACCCUAUUUGGGGUAGUUGUUACACGCAUGCACGUAAAACUUCAAUUGAUAUUCAAGAAGUGUAUGAUGAAGCUGGACUCUGGGGCUUCUGGAAAGGUGUAUUCCCGACAUUGAUCAUGGUGAGUAAUCCUUCUAUACAGUUUAUGCUGUAUGAAACAAUGUUGAAGAAACUGAAGAAGCGUACCUUGGAAAAGAAACGUAGUGGUGAAAUCACUGCUUUGGAGAUAUUUCUACUUGGAGCUUUGGCAAAACUAGGAGCUACUAUUGUAACAUAUCCUCUUUUGGUUGUGAAGGCAAGGCUUCAAGCAAAACAGGUCACAACUGUGGACAAAGGCGGAAGGAUAAUAGUAAGGGUGGUGGUGAUGGAGAACAAGGAUUAUAGUGGUCACGAUAAAGUUGAAAGUGAAGAUAGUAAUAAUAACAACAACAAUAAUAACGAUAACAAUUAA